AUGACUUUCGACGUUGACAAUUUACUUAAGCAAUUAACCACCGAAGAAAAGGUGUCGUUAAUAUCUGCUGUUGAUUUCUGGCAUACUGCCAAGAUCGAGAGAUUGGGUAUCCCUUCUAUUCGAGUUAGUGAUGGACCAAACGGUAUCAGAGGAACCAAAUUUUUCGACGGUGUUCCUUCUGCUUGCUUCCCUAAUGGAACAUGUUUGGCAUCAACUUUCGAUGCUGAACUUUUGAAGAAAGCUGGUGAAUUGAUGGCACGUGAGGCCGAUCAUAAAGGAGCCCAGGUGAUUUUAGGUCCAACCACAAACAUUCAGAGAGGACCUCUCGGAGGUCGUGGCUUUGAGAGUUUCAGUGAGGAUCCUUACUUGAGUGGUAUUUCCACUGCCUCUAUUGUCGGUGGUAUUCAAAAGACCGGUAAGGUUGCUGCCACUGUGAAGCAUUUUGUCUGCAAUGACUUGGAACACGAGAGAUUCAGUUCCAAUAGUGUCGUAAGUGAAAGAGCCUUGAGAGAAAUCUAUUUGGAACCUUUCAGAUUGGCUAUCAAGUUGGCUGAUCCUAAAUGUAUUAUGACCAGUUACAACAAAGUUAAUGGUAUUCACUGUUCAGAAAACUACAAAUUGACUCAGAAGAUUUUGAGAGGAGAAUGGAAAUGGAACGGCAUGAUUAUGAGUGACUGGUACGGUACUUAUUCUUCUGUUGAAGCCAUCCAGCACGGAAUUGACAUUGAAUUUCCUGGCCCUUCCAAGUUCAGGAAAUGGGAGGUUAUAAAGCAUUUGCUUCAAUCCAAAGAGAAUGACUUGACGGAAGGGGACAUUGACGACCGUUGUAGACAUGUUUUAGAUCUAGCCAAAUAUGUCGUUGAUUCCAGAGAUGGAGGACCUUUCAGCACUUUGGAAGAUACAAAGAACAACACUCCGGAGACCAGUGCAACGCUAAGAAAGAUUGCAGCCAACGGAAUCGUUUUGUUGAAGAACGAUAAAAAUGUGUUGCCAUUGUCAAAAGGAAAGUCUACAGUUGUUAUUGGUCCUAAUGCAGUGGCACUAAACACCUAUUCUGGUGGAGGUUCUGCCUCUUUGAACCCUUACUAUGUGGUUACACCUUUGGAGGGUAUCAAGAAUAAAGUCGAUAAUGUUGACUUUACCAUUGGCUGCCACUCUCAUAAAGCCUUAGGUGGCCUUUUUGAGUCCAUGACUAACGACUUGGACAAAUCCAAAAGGGGAGUUAGAGCUCGUUUCUACACUAAACCAGUUGAUGAAAGAUUGUCUGCUGAAAAACCUAUUGAUGAAUUGGUUGUCCGCAAUUCUUACGUUACUUUGUUUGACUACUCCAAUUCAGCUGUUGAUGCUAAGACGAAAUUGUUCUAUACAGAUUUCGAAGGUGAGUUUACACCAACAGAAACGGCCGACUACAUAUUUGGAUGCCAAGUGUUCGGUACUGCCUUAAUUUAUCUCAAUGAUAAGUUGUUGAUUGAUAACAAGACCCACCAGACUAAGGGUACUUUCUGUUUCAGCAGCGGUACCGUUGAGGAGACUGCCGUUGCUCAUUUGAAAGCCGGUGAGAAUUACAAGAUCAGAGUUGAGUUUGGUUCAGGUAUCACCUCCAAGCUCGCUACCGAUUUUGGUGCCGGUGGCUUGCAAGUUGGUGUCACCAAAGUUAUUGAUGCCGAUGAAGAGAUUCAACACGCUGUGUCUCUUGCAAAGUCUCAUGACAAUGUUAUUCUUUGCAUUGGUUUGAACAGUGAAUGGGAAAGUGAAGGCUAUGAUCGUGAUGACAUGACUUUGCCUAGAAAGACUAACGAUUUGGUGUCCGCAGUGCUCAAAGCUAAUCCUAACACUGUGGUGGUUAAUCAAUCGGGUACACCAGUUGAGAUGCCAUGGUUGAAAGAUUGUCAAACAUUGGUCCAAGCUUGGUACGGUGGUAACGAAUUGGGUAACGCUAUUGCCGAUGUCCUAUUCGGUGACGUUGUUCCAAGUGGUAAAUUGUCCUUGAGUUGGCCAUUUAAAAACCAGGACAAUCCUGCCUACUUGAAUUUCCACACCGAAAAGGGCCGUGUCUUGUACGGUGAAGACGUCUUUGUUGGUUACAGAUACUACGAGAAAUUGCAGAGCCAAGUUGCAUUCCCAUUCGGUUAUGGUUUGUCUUACACCACUUUCAAGUACGAUGAUUUAAAGGUCACAGUUAACGAUACUACUGUUACUGCAUCCUUUACCGUGGCCAAUUCUGGUGACAAGUAUACCGGUAAGGAGGCUGUUCAAUUGUAUGUUGCAUCAUUGAAUCCAUCGGUUAUUAGACCUGUCAAGGAAUUGAAAGCAUUUGCUAAGACGGAAUUGAAACCGGGUGAAUCUCAAACUAUCAAGUUAAGCUUGGACUUGAAGGAGGCUUGCUCUUACUUUGACGAAUACGAAGGUAGAUGGUGUUUAGAGGCUGGUAAGUACCAGAUCCAAGUUGGUAGUAGCAGUGAUGAUAUCCAUUUGAUUGGGGACUUCGAAGUCCUGAAGACUGAAUAUUUUACGAAAUUAUGA